AUGACUUUGAAUAACCUGUUAGGUGAAGAAAUUCUUCAACAUAGCGAAUCUGACAGCAAAUCAGCUGAAGUAUCAACGAAUCAACUUAAUGGCAAAAUCGUUGGACUUUAUUUCUCAGCUCAUUGGUGUCCACCGUGCCGAAAUUUUACACCAAAACUAGCUGAACUUUACAAAGAACUUGAUAGUGAAGUCAAAGACAAACUAGAGAUCGUUUUUAUUUCAUCGGAUAGCGAUCAAGAUUCUUUCAAUGAAUAUUUCCAGGAGAUGCCAUGGAAAGCUUUACCGUACUCUGAUCGAGAUCGUGCAGAAAAAUUGAAUGAACAAUUCAACAUCGAAGGUAUUCCAUCGUUAGUUGUUCUUUCUUCGACAUGUGAAACUAUUACAUCGGAUGGUGUAGAUGAAGUACGUGCUGCACCCAAAAACGUUUUACAUCAAUGGGCACAAGGAAAGCGAUUGUUUUGGUCACGUGAAGCGCGUGAAGGUGAACAUAUUUGGCAAGAUUUGCAUUGUACUAAUUGUUACAUGAGUCCUUUAAUUGGCUCUCGUCAUAGUUGCACAAAUAAUGAGUGCGAUGUAGAUUUAUGCGAAACAUGUUUAACAAAUUAUAAGCAUGAACAUCCUCUUAUUGAAUAUCUCAUACCUAAAAAACAAUAUUCAUUAGAAGAAAUAUUCAAAUCAGUUCCUCAUUUACUUAGUCCUGAUAGUGAAGAAAAAAUCGAAACAAAAACACUAUGGCAAAAUGAUAUAAAAAGUGUUGGAUUUUACUUUUCUGCUCAUUGGUGUCCACCUUGCCGUACUUUUACACCACAAUUAGCAGAACUCUAUAAACGAGCACAAGCAAGUGCUCAUGGUUUACAGAUAGUUUUCGUAUCAUGCGAUCGAAAUGAAGAAUCAUUUGACCAAUAUCGCGCAGAAAUGCCUUGGCCUGCUGUACCAUUACAAGCGGGUGCUCCUCUCAAGGCAUAUUUUCAAUUUUCUGGUAUACCAGCUUUAUUUAUUAUGUCAUCAGAUGGAAAGUUUUUGUCACGCCGUGGUCGUGCAGAUAUUUCAGGAAAAGGAGUUGAAGCCUUGAAAACAUGGGGAGAAGGGAAAAAAUUAGCUGCUCCAUCGGCAGAAGAAUAUCAAUGGGCAUGCGUGUCAUGUGAUGGUUGCAAUAUGGCUCCUCUUAUUGGUCAAAGGUAUCGUUGUUCAACAUGUGGUAAUUAUGAUCUGUGCACAUCGUGCGAAAAGAAAGGACAUGAACAUCCACUUGAACUUGUGCCGCAGCCAGCGGAAGAUGAAGAUGAUUGA